AUGAUAGAAGAUAAACAACAGGAAAUUGAAACUAAAGCAGAUGCAAAUAAACAUCCCACCAAUGACACACAUAUCAGCAAUGAAGAGGCGAAAGAGACCGAAGUUGCAGAAGUAGAAAAUGUGGAAACAACUGAUUUAAAGCACAAUGAUACGACGUUUGAUACUGAGCGCAAGUUGGAAACUAUCUUAAUAAAAGAAGGCCAAGAAGAGAGCGAUCACUCUAAAGACACUACAGUAGAACAGGCUGUUGAACAGGUCAAUGAAGUUAUUAGUGGUGAUUCGGCAAAUAUGAAAGGCGAAGGUACCGAUGUAAAGGAAUACAAUAGCAUAGCUGGGUUUGAACUUGACAUCCACUUGUCCUCAGUGGAAGAAUAUAAAGAGGAAAUAAAUGUUAGCAAUAAACACGAGUCGGAAAAUGUCGUGUAUGGCAUGGAUGAUGUUCCUAAUAUUAAAGAUAAAUCUAAAACAGACACACCUAUGCAAGACAGUGAACAGACCAUAAACGAGAAAGCAAGUUUAAGUGCUGAUAUAGAAAGUGUUAAAGAAGAUGGCCGCAAUGAUAAGAAAAUUGACACAAUAUGUGAGACCGAAAAUGACAUUCAAACGCCUUCUGUGGACGGAGAAAUUGCAGACAAUAAUUUCCACACCAACAGUGAAGCAGAAACCAUAACGGAAUCUCCAAAUGAGGUUUCUAAUGUUAUUGCAUUCGAGCAACUAACGAAUGAAUCGAAAACAGUUUCAAAUGAACGAGCAAACACAAGCGAUCAUUACCAUGACAACGAAAAUAAAGCUUCUGAAUUAAACAAUAUGAAAGUCGAAACAAACAACGAGAACGAACAUGAUUUACAAAUGACCUCGGUAGAAAAAGAACCAAAAGAUAAAGAUCUCCCCACAAAUAGUCAAGUAGAAACCGUUACUGAAACGAUAAAAGAUACUAAACAGGACCUUGAAACUAACGCAGAUGCAAAGAAACAUAUCACCAAUGACACACAUAUCAGAAAUGAAGAGGUGAAUGAAACCGAAUUUGCAGAAGUAGCAAAUGUGGAAACAGCUGAUGUAAAGCGCAAUGACACGACGUUUGAUCCUGAGCGCAAGUUAGCAACUAUCUUUACAAAAGAAGGUCAAGAUGACAGCGAUCACUUUAAAGACACUAAAGUAGAACAGACUGUUGAACAGGUCACUGAAGUUAUUUGUGUCGAUUCGGAAAAUAUGAAAGGCGAAGGUACUGAUGUAAAGGAAUUCAAUAGCAAACCUGGGGUUGAACUUGACAUCCACUUGUCCGAAACUGACAUGCAAACGUCCUCUUUGGACGAAGAAAUUGCAGAUAAUAAUUUUCACACCGACAGUGAAGCUAAAACCAUAACUGAUUCGCCAAAUGAGGUUUCUAAUGUUAUUGCAUUCGAGCAACUAACGAAUGAAUCGAUAACAGAUUCAGAUGAACGAGCAAACACAAGCGACCAUGACAACGAAAAUAAAGCUUCUGAAUUAGACAAUAUGAAAGUCGAAACAAACAACGAUUACGAAACUAUACCUUCUUUUUCAACAGAAUCUCAUAUGGAAACUGUGUUAACAGAAGAAGGUAAACACGAAAGUGAUCAGUUCGUUAAUAUUGAACUAAAACUGCAAAAGAACUCAAUAGACGAAGGUAGAGAGGUGAAAUAUCUUCGAACCAAUAUUGCAUAUAAACAAGAAGUUGUCAAUGACAUCAAUGAAGUAAUCAGUGGAGAUCAGGAAAUCGUAAAAUACAAAGGUACCGAUGAUAAAGAAAUUGACAACGAAUCAGAGACCAAACGUUACGGAUUUUCUGAAACAAUGCGUGAGAUGAACAUGAUUUUAACCGAAGACACGAAACAACAUAAUGAUCAAAUUACUGCCUCAGAAGAAGAAACAAAACUUAGACCGAUCACUGAAAUAAUCAACGGAGAUGUGGAUCAUGUGAAAUACAUAAGCGCCGAUGAGAAUGAAAUCGUAAAGAUAUCGGUGACCGAACGGGAAAUGCAAAAGACUGAAGAUCCAGUUGUUAAACACAUGGGUGAUGAAAUACAAGACGACGUGGAUUACGAGAAAGCCGAUGACACUGCUAAUAACGUUAUGGUAUUCGGUUCAGAGUUCGCCAUUGAUUAUCGAAUUUCAACAGCAGAACAAGUUGAAGACGAAAAUGAUCUAACCACAAAAAGUGAAAAAGAAACCGUAAGUAGUCAGGUAAAUGAUGUUAAUGAAAUGACCGAAAAUAAGAAACCGCCAUGUGAAUCCGAAACAGAUGCAAACGAGCACGAAAACAAAGAUAAAAUAGUCCCCAGUCCAGAGGAUAAUGAAUAUGAAGGCAAAGAUUUAGGAAAUAUGAAAGUCGAAGUCGUUAAUGAAAACAAUGAGAGGAUUUCAGAAAGUGAUCAUCAAUUGAACAUGGUAAUAACUGAACAAAUUAAAGAAGAAAAGAUCGAGCAAACUGCUCAUACGGAAGCACAACAGUUCAAUGAAAACGUGGACAUAACAAAAGAGGAUGGUACCAAUGAUAAUAUAAGUGACAGCUUAUACGCGUCAGAGAUUGAAAUGCAAAUGACAUCAGUGAGACUAAAAGUUGAACAUGAACUUACUACAGCGGGUGAAGGAAAAGCAACGGUAUGUCCGAUUCAUGACGUUCUUAUGGUGACAGUUGAGAAACAGGCCAACGAAUCUGAAACAGAUGCGCACAAGCAGAACGAUGAACACAAAUAUAUAAGUGAGAGAGAAGUCAAUGAGACUACAAUUGAAGAACGAGAGACAAAAAAUAUUGAAGGCCUCGAUGCUAUACAAAACGUCAGUUUUUCUGAUACUGAACGUCUCAGUCGGACUCAUAACGAUCCUCAAACUAAAGCAGAUACAAAACUGAUUGAUGAAUCUGAAAUGGUGGCAUAUGAGCAAGACAGCGACAGUGGAAGUAUCUCUAAUUCAUUGGCUCAGGGCAAAGAAGUUAAGCAAUUAGAAAAUACAAAAUAUGAAUAUACCGAUGAUCAGGACAGAAUUUCAGAGGAAACAAUUAAAAAGGUCAAAUUGUUAACAGAUGAACGUGAAGAAAACAUGCAGCAAACCCCUGAUACUGAAGCAGAACUCAAUACAAGACCUAUGAUUAAAGAAAUGAAUGACGGCGUGGGAAAGAAAAACGUCGAAGAUACUGAUGAGAAGGUUAUUGACAAUAUUUCUGAAUCUAAAUUGGAUAUGCAAACCACCACGUUAGAAGAAAUCAAAGAACAUGAUUACUUUGUCUCCAAAAAUGAAGAUGGGGCCGUUACUGGUAAGACACAUGAUAUUACAGAAAUUACAACAGAGGAUGAGAAAGUUCCAUAUGCAUUAAAACCAGACUUCAGUGAGGCGGACAGUACAGUGAAAGUACUCAGUGAAGAAGCUGAUAAGUCUGAAAUUGUUUAUUUAGAAAAUGAUAAAGUUGAAGGUAGCGUUGAUAAGAAAAAUGAAAUUACUUUAGAAAAGGAUUUUACGAUUGACACGGCUUUAGAAGACAAAAUUAAAGAGGAAUUCAUGCAAACCACUGUUUCUACAGCAGAUCCAGCUGUUCAACACAUGGGUGAUGUAAUACAAGACGAUUACGAGAAAGCCGAAGGCACUGCUAAUGGCGUUAUGGUAUUCAAUUCAGAGUUCGAAAUUGAUAAGCAAAUUUCUACAACAGAGCAAAUUGAAGACGAAAAUGAUCUAACUACAAAAAGUGAAACAACAACCGUAAGUAGUCAGGUAAAUGAUGUUAAUGAAAUGACCGAAAAUAAUAAACCGCCAUGUGAAUCUGAAACAGAUGCAAACGAGCACAGCAACCAAGAUCAAAUAAUCUCAAGUCCAGAGAAUAAUGAAUAUGAAUGCAAACAUUUAGGAAAUAUGAAAGUCGAAGGCAUUAAUGAAAACAAUGAAAGGAUUUCAGAAAUUGAUCAUCAAUUGAACAUGAUAAUAAAUGAACAACUUAAAGAAGAAAAGAUCGAUCAAACUGCUGAUACGGAAGCACAACAGUUCAAUGAAAACGUGGACAUUACAAAAGACGAUGGUACCAGUGAUAAAAUAAGUGACGGCCUAUACGCGUCCGAGAGUGAAAUGGAAAUGACGUCAGUGGGUGAAAAAGAUGAACAUGAACUAACUACAAAGGGUGACGUAGAAGCCGCAACUUGUCCGACUAAUGAUUUUCUUAUGGUGACAGUUGAGAAACAGGCCAACGAAUCUGAAACAGAUGCGCAAAAGCAGAACGAUAAACAGGAAUAUAUAACUGAGAGAGAAGCGGGUGAGACUAAAAUUGAAGAACGAGAGACAAAAAAUAUUGAAAAACUCGAUGCUAUACAAAAUGUCAGUUUUUUUUAUACUAAAGGACCCAGUCAGACACAUAACGAUCCUAAAACUAUAGAAGAUAAAAAAAUGAUUGAUGAAUCUGAAAUAGGGGUAUAUGAGCACGACAGCGACAGUGGAAGUAUCUCUAAUUCAUUGGCUCAAGGCACCGAAGGUAAGCAGUUAGAAAAUACAAAUGAUGAAUAUACCGAUGAUCAGGACAGAAUUUUAGAGGAAAAAAGUCAAAAGGUCAAAGUGUUAACAGAUGCACUUGAAGAAGACAUGCAGCAAACCCCUGAUACUGAAUCAGAACUCAAUACAAGACAUAUGAUUCAAGAAAUGAAUGACGGCGUGGAAAAGAAAAACGUCGAAGAUAGUGAUGAGAAGGUGAUUGACAAUAUUCCUGAAUUUAAAUCGGAUAUGCGAACCACCGCGUUAGUAGAAAUGAAAGAACUUAAUGAUCAUUUCCUCAAAAGUGAAGAUGGAACCGUUAAUGGUAAGACACAUGAUAUCACAGAAAUGACAACCGAGGAUAAGAUUGUUUCAUAUACAUUAAAACCAGAUUUAAAUGAGGAAGAACACACAGUUGAAGUACUCAGUGAAGAAGCUGAUAAGUCUGAAAUUGGAUAUUUAGAAAAUGAUAAAGUUGAAGGUAGCGUUGAUAAGAAAAAUGAGAUUACUUUAGAAAAGGAUUUUACGAUUGACACGGCUUCAGAAGACAAAAUUAAAGAUGAAUUCAUGCAAACCAUUGUUCCUACACCAGAUCCAGCUGUUAAACACAUGGGUGAUGUAAUACAAGACGACGUGGAUAACGAGAAAUCCGAAGGCACUGCUAAUGGCGUUAUGGUAUUCAAUUCAGAGUUCGAAAUUGGUAAGCAAAUUUCAACAGCAGAGCAAGUUGAAGACGAAAAUGAUCUCACCAUAAAAAGUGAAACAACAACCGUAAGUAGUCAGGUAAAUGAUGUUAAUGAAAUUACCGAAAAAAAGAAACCGUCUUGUGAAUCUGAAACAGCUGCAAACGAGCACAGCAACCAAGAUCGAAUAAUCUCAAGUCCAGAGAAUUAUGAAUAUGAAGACAAAGAUGUAGGAAAUAUGAAAGUCGAAGUCGUUAAUGAGAACAAUGAAAUGAUUUCAGAAAUUGAUCAUCAAUUGAACAUGAUAAUAACUGAACAACUUAAAGAAGAAAAGAUCGAUCAAACUGCUGAUAAGGAAGCACAACAGUUCAAUGAAAACGUGGACAUUACAAAAGACGAUGGUAUCAGUGAUAAAAUAAGUGAUGGACUAUACGCGUCAGAGAGUGAAAUGCAAAUGACAUCAGUGGGUGAAAAAGUUGAACAUGAAAUAACUACAAAGGGUGACGUAGAAGCCGCAACUUGUCCGACUAAUGAUGUUCUUAUGGUGACAGUUGAGAAACAGGCCAAAGAAUCUGAAACAGAUGCGCAUAAGCAGAACGAUAAACACGAAUAUAUAACUGAGAGAGAAGCGGGUGAGACUAAAAUUGACGAACGAGAGGCAAAAACUAUCGAAGACGUCGAUGCUAUACAAAACGUUAUUUUUUCUGAUACUGAACGCCUCAAUCAGACACAUAACGAUUCCCAAGCUACAGAAGAUCAAAAACUGAUUGAUGAAUGUGAAAUAAUGGAAUAUGAGCACGACAGCGACAGUAGAAGUAUCCUUUAUUCAUUGGCUCAAGGCACCGACAUUAAGCAGUUAGAAAAUACAAAUGAUGAAUAUACCCAUGAUCAGGACAGAAUUUUAGAGGAAGAAAGUCAAAAGGUCAACAUGUUAACAGAUAAACUUGAAGAAGACAUGCAGCAAACCCCUGACACUGAAUCAGAACUCAAUACAAUACAUAAGAUUGAAGAAAUGAAUGACAGUGUGGAGAAGAAGAACGUCGAAGAUACUGAUGAGAAGGUGAUUGACAAUAUUCCUGAAUCUAAAUCGGAUAUGCAAACCACCACGUUAGUAGAAAUCAAAGAACAUGAUGAUCAUUUCCUCAAAUUAGAAGAAUGGACCCUUACUGGUAAAACACAUGAUAUUACAGAAAUGACAACCGAGGAUGAGAUUGUUUCAUAUACAUUAAAACCAGAUUUAAUUGAAGAGGAACACACAGUUAAAGUACUCAGUAAAGAAACUGAUAAGUCUGAUAUUGGAUAUUUAGAAAAUGAUAAAGUUGAAGGUAGCGUUGAUAAGAAAAAUAAGAUUACAUUAGAAAAGGAUUUUACGAUUGACACGGCUUUCGAGGACAAAAUUAAAAAUGAAUUCAUGCAAACCACUGUUCCUACGGCAGAUCCAGCUGUUCAACACAUGGGUGAUGUAAUACAAGACGACGUGGAUUACGAGAAAGCCGAAGGCACUGCUAAUGACGUUAUGGUAUUCAAUUCAGAGUUCGAAAUUGAUAAGCACAUUUUAACAGCAGAGCAAAUUGAAGACGAAAAUGAUCUAACCAUAAAAAGAGAAAGAACAACCGUACGUAGUCAGGUAAAUGAUGUUAAUGAAAUGACCGAAAAUAGGAAACCGCCAUGUGAAUAUGAAACAGAUGCAAACGAGCACAACAACCAAGAUCGAAUAAUCUCAAGCACAGAGAAAAACGAAUAUGAAAACAAAGAUUUAGGAAAUAUGAAAGUCGAAGGCGUUAAUGAAAACAAUGAAAGGAUUUCAGAAAUCGAUCAUCAAUUGAACAUGAUAAUAACUGAACAACUUAAAGAAGAAAAGAUCGAUCAAACUGCUGAUACGGAAGCACAACAGUUCAAUGAAAACGUGGACAUUACAAAAGACGAUGGUACCAGUGAUAAAACAAGUGACGGCCUAUACGCGUCAGAGAGUAAAAUGCAAAUGAUAUCAGUGGGUGAAAAAGUUGAACAUGAAAUAACUACAAAGGGUGACGUAGAAGCCGCAACUUGUCCGACUAAAGAUGUUCUUAUGGUGACAGUUGAGAAACAGGCCAACGAAUCUGAAACAGAUGCGCAUAAGCAGAACGAUAAACACGAAUAUAUAACUGAGAGAGAAGCGGGUGAGACUAAAAUUGACGAACGAGAGGCAAAACCUAUCGAAGGCAUCGAUGCUAUACAAAACGUUAUUUUUUCUGAUACUGAACGCCUCAAUCAGACACAUAACGACUCCCAAGCUACAGAAGAUCAAAAACCGAUUGAUGAAUUUGAAAUAAUGGCAUAUGAACACGACAGCGACAGUGGAAGUAUCUCUAAUUCAUUGGCUCAAGGCACCGAAAUUAAGCAAUUAGAAAAUACAAAUGAUGAAUAUACCCAUGAUCAGGACAGAAUUUUAGAGGAAGAAAGUCAAAAGGUCGACAUGUUAACAGAUAAACUUGAAGAAGAAAUGCAGCAAACCCCUGAUACUGAAUCAGAACUCAAUACAAUACCUAAGAUUGAAGAAAUGAAUGACGGCAUGGAGAAGAAGAAUAUUGAAGAUACUGAUGAGGAGGUGAUUGACAAUAUUCCUGAAUCUAAAUCGGAUAUGCAAACCACCAAGUUAGUAGAAAUCAAAGAACAUGGUGAUCAUUUCUUCAAAAGUGAAGAAUGGACCCUUACUGGUAAAACACUUGAUAUUACAGAAAUGACAACCGAGGAUAAGAUUGUUUCAUAUACAUUAAAACCAGAUUUAAAUGAGGAGGAACACACAGUUGAAGUACUUAGUGAAGAAGCUGAUAAGUCUGAAAUUGGAUAUUUAGAAAAUGAUAAAGUUGAAGGUAGCGUUGAUAAGAAAAAUGAGAUUACUUUAGAAAAGGAUUUUACGAUUGACACGGCUUCAGAAGACAAAAUUAAAAAUGAAUUAAUGCAAACCAUUGUUCCUACAGCAGAUCCAGCUGUUCAACACAUGGGUGAUAUAAUACAAGACGACCUGGAUAACGAGAAAUCCGAAGGCACUGCUAAUGGCGUUAUGGUAUUCAAUUCAGAGUUCGAAAUUGAUAAGCACAUUUCAACAGCAGAGCAAGUUGAAGACAAAAAUGAUCUAACCAUAAAAAGUGAAACAACAACCGUAAGUAGUCAGGUAAAUGAUGUUAAUGAAAUGACCGAAAAUAAGAAACCGCCAUGUGAAUCUGAAACAGCUGCAAACGAGCACAACAACCAAGAUCAAAUAAUCUCAAGUCCAGAGAAUAAUGAAUAUGAAGACAAAGAAUUAGGAAAUAUGAAAGUCGAAGGCGUUAAUGAAAACAAUGAAAGGAUUUCAGAAAUUGAUCAUCAAUUGAACAUGAUAAUAACUGAACAAAUUAAAGAAACUGCUGAUACGGAAGCACAACAGUUCAAUGAAAACGUGGACAUUACAAAAGACGAUGGUACCAGUGAUAAAAUAAGUGACGGCCUAUACGCGUCAGAGAGUGAAAUGCAAAUGACGUCAGUGGGAGAAAAAGAUGAACAUGAACUAACUACAAAGGGUGACGUAGAAGUCGCAACUUGUCCGACUAAUGAUGUUCUUAUGGUGACAGUUGAGAAACAGGCAAACGAAUCUGAAACAGAUGCGCAUAAGCAGAACGAUAAACACGAAUAUAUAACUGAGAGAGAAGCGGGUGAGACUAAAAUUGACGAACGAGAGGCAAAAACUUUCGAAGGCGUCGAUGCUAUACAAAACAUUAUUUUUUCUGAUACUGAACGCCUCAAUCAGACACAAAACGAUUCCCAAGCUACAGAAGAUCAAAAACUGAUUGAUGAAUGUGAAAUAAUGGCAUAUGAGCACGACAGCGACAGUAGAAGUAUCCCUAAUUCAUUGGCUCAAGGCACCGAAAUUAAGCAGUUAGAAAAUACAAAUGAUGAAUAUACCCAUGAUCAGGACAGAAUUUUAGAGGAAGAAAGUCAAAAGGUCAACAUGUUAACAGAUAAACUUGAAGAAGACAUGCAGCAAACCCCUGACACUGAAUCAGAACUCAAUAAAAUACCUAAGAUUGAAGAAAUGAAUGACGGCGUGGAGAAGAAGAACGUCGAAGAUACUGAUGAGAAGGUGAUUCGACAAUAUUCCUGA